AUGAGAGAAAUAGUUCAUCUUACAGGAGGUCAAUGUGGUAAUUAGAUAGGUUCUAAAUUUUGGGAAAUCAUUUUAAAUGAACAUGGUUUUGAUUAAACAGGAACAUAUCAUGGAGACUCGGAUCUUUAGUUGGAGAGAAUUAAUGUGUAUUUCAGUGAAGUCUAAGGAUUAAGAUAUUCCCCAAGAGCUAUUUAUUUUGAUUUAGAAUCAGGUACUGAUAUUAAAUUAUUUCAUCUUAGGUUCUAUAGAUACAAUCAGAGCAGGACCAUUAGGAUAAAUCUUCAAACCUGACAACUUUAUCUUUAGUUAAACAGGAACUGGUAACAAUUGGGCAAAGGGUCAUUAUUCUGAAGGUGCUGAUUUGAUUGACUCAGUUUUAGAUGUAGUUAGAAAAGAAGCAGAAAAUUGUGAUAGUUUAUAAGGAUUUUAAAUGAUUCAUUCUUUAGGUGGAGGUACAGGAUCAGGAAUGGGAACAUUAUUGAUAUCAAAAGUAAAAGAAGAAUAUCCAGAUAGAAUAGUGGAAACAUUCUCCAUUAUACCUUCAUCAAAAGUGUCUGACACAGUAAUUGAAUCAUAUAAUGCCAUAUUAUCAAUUAAUUAAUUGAUUGAAAAUAUCAAUUAGUGCAUGAUUAUGGAUAAUGAAGCCUUACAUGAUAUUUGUAUCAACUCAUUGAAAUUGACUUAGCCUACUUAUGGUGAUUUAAAUCAUUUGGUCUCUGCUGCAAUGUCAGGAAUUACAUGUUCUCUAAGAUUUCCAAGUAAAUUGAAUUCUGACUUGAGAAAUUUUGCAGUUAAUUUGAUUCCAUUCCCAAGACUUCAUUUUUUAAUGAUUGGAAUCGCUCCACUUACAUCAAGAAAUUCUCAAUAAUACAGAUGUCUUACUAUUUCUGAAUUAAUUUAUUAAAUGUUUAAUAGUAAGAAUAUGAUGUGUGCUGUUGAUCCAAAUCAUGGAAAAUAUUUAACUGCAACAGCCAUAUUUAGAGGAAGAGGUUUAUUCAAUGGUGAAAUAGAAUAUAGGAUGCUCGAUUUUAUCAAUAAAAGUUCAUCAAAUUUUGUUGAAUGGAUUCCUAAUAAUAUCAAAUAUUCGAUUUGUGAUAUACCACCAAAUGGUUUUAAGUUAGCAGCAACAUUUUGUGGAAAUUCAACAUCUAUUUAAGAAAUAUUUAAGAGAGUCACUGAUUAAUUUACUGCUUUGUAUAGAAGAAAGGCAUUCUUACAUUGGUACACUAAUGAAGGUAAUUAUUAAUUUGUAAAUUAUUAUUUAAGGAAUGGAAGAAAUGGAAUUUUAUGAAGCAGAAUCUAACAUGAAUGAUUUAAUCUCUGAAUAUUAAUAAUAUUAAGAUGCUACAGAUGAAGAAGAAGGUGAUUAAUCAUUAUCUUGGUGA